AUAACAUUCUGUUCUCUACCCAUUAUACAGAGAGCGGAAGCCAAAGAGAAAACAACAAGGCAACAAAGACAGAUUUUAGAGAGAGAAAGCCAAAGGAAGGCUUGUGUUCUAUAGAGAGGGAUAGGGGGAAGGAAGAGGGUGGCGACUGUUAUAAACGCAGAAGAAGGAGAGACACGAAGCAGUCUUCUCCAAGAAUUUUUCUCGUCCCUAUUUUCUAAAGUAUUUGGAAAAACCCAAGAACAAGAACAAGAAAAACAGGAAUCUGAAAUGGCGUCAAAAGCUGUUGUUCCUCGUCAGCAGCUUAGAGGGGAAGUCAAGCAGAAGAACUUUGUAGCAGAUGGAAGGAAUAAUAGAAGAGUACUUCAAGAUAUUGGUAAUUUGGUGAAUGAUCGUGCUGGGCUAGGAAAGAAACCAAUCACUGAUGCUGGUAAUAUAAAGGCCCCUGUGGCAGUAAAGGCAGCACUAAAGAAGGUUGCUGAGAAGCAUGUACCUGAGACAGUGAUUGUGAUAAGCUCUGAUGAAGAAAGUGAAAAUGCUAAACCUGUUAGCAGAAGAAUAUCAAAGGAAGGGUCUUCAAGGAAGGAAGUCAAAACCCUUACUUCAAUCUUAACUGCUAGAAGCAAGGCUGCCUGUGGACUUGCCAGAAAGCCAGAAAGUUCACUGGUGAAUAUAGAUGCAAGUGAUGUGGAUAAUGAGUUGGCUGUGGUUGAAUAUGUUGAUGAUAUCUACAAGUACUACAAGCUAACAGAAGCUGAUGGCAUGGUUCAUGACUACAUGAAUGUGCAGCCAGACAUUAAUGCAAAGAUGAGAUCAAUUCUUGUGGACUGGUUGAUUGAAGUUCAUCGCAAAUUCGAACUUAUGCCUGAAACCUUGUAUCUGACGAUAAAUAUAAUUGAUCGAUUUCUAGCUGUGAAGGCUGUACCAAGGAGGGAACUUCAAUUGGUUGGCAUCAGCUCAAUGCUCAUUGCUUGCAAGUAUGAAGAGAUAUGGGCACCGGAGGUUAAUGACUUCAUUUGCAUAUCAGAUAAUGCCUAUAUCAGAGAACAGGUUCUGGCAAUGGAGAAAGCUAUCUUGGGAAAGUUGGAAUGGUAUUUAACUGUUCCUACACCAUAUGUCUUCCUUGUUAGAUACAUCAAAGCUUCUGCUCCAGCUGAUAAGGAGAUGGAGAAUAUGGUGUUUUUCCUGGCUGAACUUGGUCUGAUGCAAUAUCCAGUUGUAAUCAAGUACUCCUCCUCACUGAUUGCUGCAUCUGCUGUGUAUGCUGCUCGUUCUACCCUCGAUAAGAUCCCAUUUUGGACAGAUACUCUAAACCAUCACACAGGAUACACUGAAGAUAUGCUAGUGGAAUGUGCAAAGCUUCUGGUUAAAUUUCACUCUGCAGCUGCUGAAAACAAGCUCAAGGCAGUGCAUAAGAAAUUCUCCAGUGCAGAUCGUGGAGCUGUGGCUCUUCUUAGCCCAGCCAAAAGCCUUUCUGAUUGAUUCUGAAGAACUUGCAAGAACUUUAGAUACUUUUUGACGGCCUAAUUUCCCAUACUUCUUGGGGAUGGUCAAUCAUGGUUCCUUUCCAUGAUCUGUAGUUAUUUUUUUUUUCUUUCUAAUUAGUUUCUUUGCUCUGUUAGGAAUUCUUUAUUUGACCAUUAUCUAGGGUACUAAAAUGUGAUUGAUUUUUUGUUGGUGUCUUUUGGAUAGGCUGAUUUUGAUUUGAUUUGAUCUGUUCAACUUGACUAAAAAGAGCUGUUUAUAUCAGAACUUGAUUUGUGGUGAAAUACUUAAAAGAUAUCUUUUUUUAUUA